AUGGCCAAUGAUCUUGACUGUUUGUCCUGGAACCUGGGCCUCAUCAUCCUGAUUAGGAUGGACUCUUACCUACAUACACCCAUGUACUUCCUCCUCAGCAAUUUAUCCUUCUUAGAUUUUUGCUAUGUUAUCUCCACAACCCCCAAAAUGCUCUCAGACUUCUUCCAGAAGCCUAAGUCCAUCUCAUUUUUGGGGUGCACUAUGCAGUACUUCUUCUUCUCUAGCCUGGGUCUGACUGAGUGCUGUCUCCUGGCAGCCAUGGCUUAUGACCGAUAUGCUGCCAUUUGUAAUCCUCUGCUCUACACUGCCAUCAUGUCACCCACCCUCUGUGUCCAGAUGAUGGUUGGAGCCUAUAUAACUGGCCUCUUUGGUUCAUUGAUUCAACUGUGUGCUUUACUUCAGCUCAAUUUCUGUGGGCCAAAUGUUAUCAACCACUUCUUCUGUGAUCUGCCUCAAUUAUUAGUCCUAUCCUGCUCUGAAACCUUUUUCCUAAAAGUCAUGAAAUUUGUGAUAGCAGUGAUUUUUGGUGUGAUCUCUGUCUUUGCCAUCAUGAUAUCUUAUAUCAUUGCCACCAUCCUGAAGAUCAGCUCUGGUGAAGGCAAGUCCAAGGCUUUCAACACCUAUACUUCUCACCUGAUAGCAGUGAUCUGUUUUUUUGGAUCAGGACUCUUUGUCUAUAUGCACCCCAGCACUGAUAAUUCUCUGGGCCAUGACAAGAUGGCAUCAGUCUUCUAUACAGUGAUGAUCCCUAUGAAUCCUUUGAUUUACAGCUUGAGGAACAAGGAAAUCAAAGAUGCCCUUAAGAGGUGUAAGAAGAGAGCAUUUUCCCAGUUUAUAUUAAAUAAAGGCACAAACAUAUAUAGAGAGCCAAGCCCCCAUAACUGA